AAUCAGACCUUGACUGUGACUCACGCAUGACGGAUUUUUUCCCCUUAAAAAUAAUUUAUACCUAGUUUUAAGAUAAAAGAGAUGCUGGGGUUUUUAAAAAACUUUUAUUUGAAAGUCUUGGGUAUUUAAAUUCUUGAAAUGUAUAUAUGCCAGAUGCGUGCUGUUGGUUAGGAGGACUCAUUCCAAACUCGAGGUAAUGGUUGAUAUUUUGAUAUUUUUAUUUAAAAUUAAAGAGAUUUGUUUUUAUUAUAUCGAUGAAAUCAUAAACAAGGCUAUCAAUAGCCCAACGUUAGAACCUUGAAUUUAAGAGUUUAACAGGCCACAUAAUGUUACUUGAAUUUAAGUGAACGUCUUCACUCUUCUCUAUUAUAACACCAAAGUAUGCAUACUAUAAAUGGCUAUUAUUGUGGUACAGUGUUGUUUCUAAUAAAAAUGACUAAUAUUGUGUUUCAGGUCAAUUUCUAGGGUGAAAAAAUGCGACCUCUAGUUUACAUCAUGGCACUACACAUAUUCUUACCCCUGGCUGACACCCAACACGGUUAGAGAGUAUUUUAUUUAUUGCACUCAUCACACUGGCAUUUGGGGCUUAAAAAUAAAUAUGCUCAAUAUUAUUUUACUUGACCAUUAGAGACUACGCAGGUCGGUGUUAAAAAAUUGACACCUUCUACGUUUAGGACAUACGGAAAUUGAAACUUUUUUCCUAACUUUGGAUUGUCCAUUCAUGUGAUCUGAACUCAAAUAUUGAUAUUUAUCGCGUAGUUCGUGUGCUUUAGCGUUCACUGUCCUGUUGGAAAUGAUUUAGAUUAGCCUUUCUAUGGUAUUGUGUAACAGAGCCUUCUUUUUUUUUAUAAAAAAUAAUAGUUCUCCAUUUUUAUGAUUAUCUUUAAUUAAUUAUUCUUUUAAAAGGAGCGCGAGCCAUUCAUUACAAACGGAGGCGCGAGCCACAAUAGGCUCACGAGCCAAACUUUGCCCACCCCCCUGUUGUACAAUAUUCAAAUAAUUAUUACUUAAAUUAAUGUUUUUUUAACUCUAAAAAAACCACCCUUUGAAAAAAUUUAAACAAUCACAGAGCAAAACGUUAUAAUUUCAUUUUAAUAAGUGGUCUUUACAUUUGGUGAAACUGAUUGCUUUGCCUAAUGAAUGAAUGAGACAGUGAACGCGAUCAUAUUAAUACUGUAGGCUUGGGGUACUUGAGUGACAACUUAGAAUUUAAUUCAAAUUGCAUUCAAUACUUUUUUUUUUUAAAUCCUCCCUUUGGUUAUGUUUGAUAGUCUGUCCACCAACUGAAAUCGUCUUCCUGUUGGACCAAUCAGAGACGGCUCUGCUUGCUUCCACUGACAACAUCUACGACUCCAUGACCUACUUUAACCUGGUAAAGGUGGCACUAGACAGAUUCCUUCUUAAUCCUUUAAUAGUAGACAGUCCUAAUCAAAUAAGGUGAGAUUGGAAGAAAAGAGAGUCAUUUAGCUUUCAAAAUAAGGACAUUUAUAAUUUGACUUAAUGACAUCUCUUAAUUGUUGAUAUAGGUCAUUCUUUGAGUCAAAAAAUCAGAUUGUGAAAUUUUAACCGAUGAUUUCAAAGACCUGAUGUUUCCUGAGGAUGGUGUUUGAAAUAUUAUCACCCUUUUACAAAUUCCCAGAUAUAAGUAUAAUUAACUUUUGGUUUUCAUUGAUUUCAUCGUAUCCAAACAGAGUUGGCAUCUUCGGGUACAGCAGUACGCGGUCGGGAGAAACCAUUGUUCCUCUAGGUACAAGUCCUUUGCAAGCCUUAACUCUGACACAUCUUGUUGCUAAAGGGACAUCGGUGAGUGGAUUUAACUACCGAGGUCAGUGUAAAGACUUUUGAAACUAUGAUGAAGUUCAAAGGUUUUAGUUCUCUUAAUCAAAUACCACUGUUUAUCUGUUAUAAGAGGAUUAUCUGUUAUAAAAUGAUUAUCUGUUGGCUCAGAUAUUUUGCUAAGUAAAGACGCCAUUAUCGUAUUAGGAUUUCCUUCACAUAAAUACUUAUUUAUUGCUUACCAUUAACUUCGAAUUUUGGCCUCAAUCCGACGUUGCAUAUUCAGUAAUAUUCCAAUGAGAUAAUGUUUUAUCAAUUCAUCCAGGGCCUUGAAAGGAGUUUCGCAACCAGGCUACCCUAACCCUAACCCUAACCUUAACCCUCACCAUAACCCUAACACUAACGUAGACAACGAGCCUAUUUACGAUUUAUAAAUAUAAUAUUAAUUUUUAACACAACUAACAAAAUAGCAACAAUAUGUAACAUGCAUAAGUAACGUAAUAGUGUUAUUGUCAUAUGAAACAAAUAGUGUCAUUGACAUAUGAAACAAUAGUCUCAUUGACACAUGUAACAAUAGUGUCAAUGAAAAUAUGUGUUAUGAUCCUGCGAUAAAAAUUCAAAUUUGUCAUGAGUAAAAUAUGACCAUUAUCUGACCUACUUAGAUAAUGUCAUUGACAGUAACCGACUCCACGAUGCCAAUGAGUCUAUGCUCAUGAAAGACAGACAUGAGCUAAUGGCUUCUCACACUGUGUCUAUGCUCAUGACAGACAGACAUGAGUUAACGGCUCCUCACACUGAGUCUAUGCUCAUGACAGACAGACAUGAGUUAAUGGCUCCUCACACUGAGUCUAUGCUCAUGACAGACAGACAUGAGUUAAUGGCUCCUCACACUGAGUCUAUGCUCAUGACAGACAUGAGUUAAUGGCUCCUCACACUGCACAGUUGUGCGCAUCAUUCUUGGUUGAAAUGAGUUUGAGAAAGAUGGCGCCUAUGUCCCAUUGAGGUCCUUGGUGCACUCUGACACACUAAGCCUGUGUUGAAAUUUCCAAUGUUGCUAUCAACUCAAUAUCACCCAUUCGGCAAACAAAAUAAGACUUGUUCAAUAUGCAUACUUCUCCAUAUCAGGCCGGGUCAUGGACGCAUCGUGGACUGCAGGCCAUUCAGAGACGCCCAGAAUACGAUAACAACCGUCUCAUCAUUGUGUCUUCCAUGGGAUCGAAUUCAUCAAGCAGACGAUCUUUGGCGGACAAGGAGAUCCAGAGAGUUCGUGAACUUGGCUGGAGGCCACUUGUCAUUGCUGUCCAGGUUUGUUUACCAGGCAUAGUCCCAGGCUUGGCUGGAGGCCACUUGCCACUGCUGUUCAGGUUUGUCUACCAGGCAUAGUUCCAAGCUUGUCUGGAGGCCACUUGCCACUGCUAACCAGGUUUGUCUACCAGGCAUAGCCUCAAGCUGGAAAAAGUGCUCAGGAAACUGUUUUGAUUGCUCCUUUGUUCUUGUGCGUGGCGUCAAUGAUCACUUGGCUUUAAAGAUCACUUGGGUUUAAAGAUCACUUAGGUUUAAAUACCACUUGGCUUUAAAGAUCACUUGGCUUUAAAGAUCACUUGGCUUUAAAGAUCACUUGGCUUUAAAUAUCACUUGGCUUUAAAGAUCACUUGGCUUUAAAGAUCACUUGGCUUUAAAGAUCAUUUGGAUUUAAAGAUCACUUGAGGUCGAUAUCAUUUAGUUUCAAUGAUCACUCGGUUUCAAUGAUCUCUUGUUUUCAAAAAUCAAUUUGUGUCGAAGACCACUUGUUAUCAAACAUAGCUUGGCGACAAAGAUCACUAGGCGUCAAGAUCAUUUGGCGCCCAAAGAUAAUUUAAUACCAAAGAUAUGUUAACACCAAAGAUCACUUAGCUUCAAAGAUAACUUGAAGUCAAAGAUCGCGUGGUGUCAGAUCACUUGGCGUCAAACAAAAUUUGGCAUCAAAGAUCACUUGGCGUUUAAGAUGACUUGGUGUCAAAGCUAUCUCGGCGUUAAAGAUCACGUGGUCUUUAUGACCAUGCAACAAGUCACGAAUCAAAUCUCGAAUUCAAAUAAGUAAAAAUAAUGUUUAAAAUAAUCAAUAUCAAUUCUAAACCUUGAGUCGAGCAGUUACUGAGAGGAGACUACAAAGCUUGAAUACUUCACUUCAAUAUUAUCUCCCAUUUCUUCAUAAUUUCAGGGAAGGAAUCCCUUAGACAUGGAAGAGUUGACCAUGGUUAAUGGAGGGUUAACUCCAGUCGUUCUGGAUGACGGGGAAGGCAGAGGAUACACAAGGCUUGCCUCCCAUUUAGAUGGCUUGGUUGCUAGUAUCAUCUGUGUCAUGCAAGCUACUCUAGAGACAGUGACGCAAGUGUUCAGUUCAAGAAGGACCACUGAAAGAAUGGACUUGACCUCAGGUUUGUUGAUAGUUUCCCUCAUCAGGGUUUGUUGAUAGUUUCCAUCCUCAGGUUUGCGGAUAGUUAACCUUCUCGGUUUGUUGAUAGUUUCCCGUUUAUCCUAUGUUCUUAACAAACUUACAUAGAAUCAGACUUAGUGCCAUCAGAGUUAGGGCCAUCAGAUUUAGAGCCAUCAGAGUUAGAGCCACCAGGUUUAGAGCCAUCAGAUUUAGAGCCAUCAGAGUUAGAGCCAUCAGAGUUAGAACCAUCAGAGUUAGGGCAUUGGGCUACGAUUCAGACUUUUAGCUAAUAAAGAAAUCCCCCCCCCCACACACACACACACAAUUUCUUUAAAUUAUAAGUAUUUUUUUGAAUAUAAUAAAAAUUACAAAAAUAUUUUAAAUAGAUAAAAAAUUACAAAUAUAUUUUAAAUAUAACGAAAUUUUAACUAUAUUUUAAGUAAACAUAACAAGUACCGGUAUAUUUGUAGAUAAAAUAAAAAUGCAGGUAUAUUAUAAAUGGAACAAAAACAAGAAGUAUAUUUUUUAUAGAACAAAAUUACAAGUAUAUUUUUUAAAGAACACAAUUACAAGUAUAUUUUUGAUUAAAAAAAUAAAAAACAUACUUGUAGGUAAAACACAAAUUUCAAGUAUAUUUUAAAUAGAACAAAAUUACAAUUAUAUUUUAAAUAGAACAAAAUUACAAGUAUAUUUUAAAUAGAGCAAAAUUACAAGCAUAUUUGAAAUCUUGGAGUUGUCUUCAGUAUGUCAGCCAACAGAGAUACUCUUGCUGUUGGAUGAAAGCGAGGCUGCCAGACUGGCCGCGUCUGAUGAGCCAGACAACCAGGAAACCAAAUUCAACAUCCUUAAGUCUGCAGUGGACAGCUUGUUGGCCAAUCGAAUCAUCGCCAACUCUAGAAACACAUUUAGGUAAUAAGGAAAAAAAAAAAAGAAGAAACAAAAAAUAUUUAAACCAAAAAUUUAGAAAAUGGACGAAAGUUCGGGUUUUUAAAAAAAAAAAGAUUUAAUUAAGAUGAUUUACAUUUGAACAAGAAAUCUUUUCACAAAAUAAUGAACACAGAUAGCUUGCUACCACAAAGUUAACACACCAGCCUCUCAUUAAAUUAAAACCUUUAUUGAAGUGACAUUCAUUUAACUGACUUUCUUUAUGAUGUACUUUAAAAAAAUUAUCUUAGGAUCGGCGCGUAUGGAUACAGUGAUGCGGGUCAUCAGACUGUGAUAAUACCAGAAGGAACCAGUCCCAUGAUGGCGAGAGAUUACACUUAUUUAAUAGGACGAAAUACCAGCUUAAAAGUAAGAUGAGGCUGCUAAUGAGUAUAACAAGUCGCGAAAAGUAAAAUGUUUUUAUUUAAAAAUAUAUAUAAAUUUUUGUGAUAUUACCACCAGGGCAGCUCAUCAAAUUACCUACAGAAAAGAUCACAAAAUUACCUUCAGAGUAAGCUCAUAGAAUUAUUGACAGACUAAGAUCAUAAAAUUACCACCAGAGCAACAUCACAAAAUUACCUUCAGAGUAAGCUCAUAGAAUUAUUGACAGACUAAGAUCAUAAAAUUACCACCAGAGCAACAUCAAAUGGCCACCAGAUUAAGCUAAAAAAUUACCACCAGAGCAACAUCAAAUGGCCACCAGAUUAAGCUAAAAAAUUACCACCAGAGCAACAUCAAAUGACCACCAGAUUAAGCUAAAAAAUUAACACCAGAGCAAUCUCUUACAAUUAUUUUUGUUUGCAAGCUUCAUCGUAUUGUUGAACCAUUUUUUGACAUUAACAGAUCAAAAAAAACCAACAAAAAAAAAACACAGGGAAUAUUGAUUAUAAAAGAUCCUACAUUCAAAGCGUAAUUAGGGCCUUUCAAACUCGACGUCCCAUUAAAGCAGUGGUUCUCAACCUUCCUAAUGCCGUGACCCAUUAAUACAGCUCCACACGUCGUGGCGACCCCUAACCACAAUAUUAUUUUCAUAGCUACUUCAUAACUGUAGAUUAUAUGUGUUUUCCGAUGGUCUUAGGCGACCCAUGUAAUAGGAUCGUUCGACCCCCAAAGAGGUCGCGACCCACAGGUUGAGAACCGCUGCAUUAAAGUGUUUCUUGCCUUCUAUAUUUAACCUGCAUCUAUUUUUAAUUUGUUCAUUAUUAUUGUCAUAAUGAGUACACUUCCAGCUCACUCUCUCCUGUACAAAAAAAUAAUAAUGGAACAUUAGAAGUUUGUUAAAAUUUAGAUUUCUUUAUAUUUACUGUUUUCAACGCCCAGAAUUAAAAAAAAUAAAUAAAAUAAACAAUUCUCACAAAAAACAUUGUUCCCACUGCUAACAUAUGUUGACGAUGUUGUUAAGAUUUCAAUGCGAAUUUGAUUGUUCCACCCCCAAGUCUGAAUCUCUGACGUAUUCUGGUCUCGAGAUGGUUAGGAGCCCGCCAUUUUACACCAACAACCGCCUGAUUGUUGUAUCAACAAGAGGGUCAUGGUCAUCAUCUCAGAGAACAUUGGCCCAAAACGAGGUUGCUAGGGCUCAAAAACUUGGCUGGUCUCCCUUGGUCAUAGCCGUUCAGGUGAGUAGCAACGGUUUCGCCGUCAAUUAUCAUUGUUGACAUCGUCAUUUAAAAUUCAUUGACAAUUGUUGUCAGUUAUCAUUGUUGACAUCGUCAUUUAAAAUUCAUUGACGAUUGUCAGUUAUCAUUGUUGACAUAGUCAUUUAAAAUUCAUUGACAAUUGUCAGUUAUCAUUGGUGACAUAGUCAUUUAAAAUUCAUUGACAAUUGUCAGUUAUCAUUGUUGACAUAGUCAUUUAAAAUUCAUUGACAAUUUGUCAGUUAUCAUUGUUCACAUUGUCAGUUAAAAGUCAUUGAACAUUGUUGUCAGUUAUCAUUGUUGACAUUUUCAGUUAAAAUUCAUUGACAAUUUGUCAGUUAUCAUUGUUGAUAUUUUUAUAGAGAACAACCAAACAAAAAAUGUGCUCCCCAAAAGGCAAGUUCUUCAUUUCAAGGGGAUUAAACCAGAAGUUUUAUUGGAGAUUAUAUUUUGUUUCACCCUUCAGAUUGUUCCCCUUUAAUAUAGUUCCAUUUGGUAAAUUUAGUAUUUUAAUUACUGAAAUCUGUUUCAUGAUAUAGUAAAUAUACUGUAAGGGAAUACAAGUGUGCUACAUCUUUUUUUAAAGGAAUAUAAUGUACUAACAAAUCUGGAAAGACAACAGCAGCGGUAUAGUCGCAUUAGAUCCCAGUUAAAUUGAAUUGUGGCCUGAGACAUUGAAUACUUAAACUCAUUAUUUUAUUUCUUUAUUUAUAAAUGGAAUGAGUUAACCCCCCCAACCCCCCCCCCCCCACUUUGUGCAUGUGACUGCAUUUUUUAACAUUAUCACUGAAAUCUCUAAAAAUUAUCUAAUGACGACAGAGGACGAAAAGAAAUAUGACACCACAAGGAGAUGAUUAAUUUAACAUUAUACAACUAUGGUGUAUUUCAGGGCAGCUAUCCUAUUUUUCAGUUCAGGUUUUCUAUAUUUCUUAGAGAACAGCCUUCAUUUCAGGGCAGCUAUCCUUUAUUUCAGGGCAGCUAUCCUAUAUUUCAUGGCAUAGAUCCUAAAUUUAAGGGCAUCAUAUCCUUAUAUCAGGACAGCUAUCCUAUGACGAAAAGAAAUAUUACACCACAAGGAAAUGAUUAAUUUAACAUUAUACAACAAUGGUGCAUUUCAGGGCAGCUAUCUCAUAUUUCAGGGCAUCUAUCUCAUAUUUCAGGGCAUCUAUCUCAUAUUUCAGGGCAUCUAUCUCAUAUUUCAGGGCAUCUAUCUCAUAUUUCAGGGCAUCUAUCUCAUAUUUCAGGGCAUCUAUCCAAUUGACACCGAGGAGUUACUGCAUGUUAACGGAGGAAAGCAGUUCGUCACGCUCGAUGACUUCAGCAACCUUGACCCGAAGAGCUUCAGACUUCUUCCAGCAGCUUUUGACAACAUCGUUAACAACCUGCUCUGUCCAGACUCUCCAGGCCAAGAGACAACUAAAGCUCAAGACUCUCCAGGCCAAGAGACAACUAAAUCUCCAGACUCUCCAGGCCAAGAGACAACUAAAGCUCCAGACUCUCAAGGUCAAGAGACAACUAAAUCUCCAGACUCUCCAGGUCAAGAGACAACUAAAUCUCAAUACUCUCCAGGCCAAGAAACAACUAAAGCUCCAGACUCUCAAGGUCAAGAGACAACUAAAUCUCCAGACUCUCCAGGCCAAGAGACAACUAAAUCUCCAGACUCUCCAGGUCAAGAAACAACUAAAACUCCAGACUCUCAAGGUCAAGAGGCAACUAAAGCUACAGAAGCUAUAAUGAACAAUGUUACAACCCAAUCAGAAGCUCCAAUGAACAAUGUAACAGCACAAUCAGUUACCCGCGUUGAAACCACUGACACAAGCUCUCUUCAAAGUGUAGCUACCGUCUCGGCAAUCACGACCCAAGGAACAAACGCCCACACGGAUACAGACAUAGUCUCUGACACAAGCCACGCCCCAAAUACAGACAUAGUCUCUGAAACAAGCCCCGCCCCUAAUACAGACAUAGUGUCUGAAACAAGCCACGCCCCAAAUACAACAACUGUAAUGUUAACAGCCAAUGAUAAUCUUAGCAUCACCACAGCCAAUGAUACUCUUAGUAUCACCACAGCCAAUGAUACUCUUAAUAUAACCACAGCCAAUGAUACUCUUAAUAUCUUCACAGCCAAUGAUUCUACAAACGUAACAACUGAUAAUCGUGGUAAAAUAUUAUCUCGUUAAAAAGUUAUCUCCCUUAAGUGAGUUUUACUUGAGGGUCUAUGAUGACUUAAAAAAAAAAAAUGAAACUUUGAAUUUCCCAUCUACAACUGCAACAUCGGAGACCACAAAGAACUAGCUGUCAUGGAGGUUUGGUCUUUGAAACAAAAAUACCAGAUAUUUGAAAACUUUAUUGCUGUUUCAUUUUCAUGUGUUUUGGUGUAGGAAUAUGUGUAUGUUGUUGUUUGGUUUUUUUUGUUGGCGACGGUGUGAGGGCAUUCUUCGUUUAUUACUGUGAGUGUGUGUUUCAUUGGAUUCUGAAACAAUUGCUUCCCAAACAUAAAAUCCUGUUUUUACAUUAUUUUUAAAAACUCCAUAAUAAACAUAGGAAUUAUGAUCAAUGUGUGGUCACGUGAUUACAAAAAAAUUCUCUGUGUAAAUUUGUAUGCCCGGGAUUCCAAAAUCUGCGUUGUGUACAUGUGUUGUCACGUGAUUCCAAAAACUUCCUUGUAUACAUGUGUUGUCGCGUGGUCACAAAAUCUGCUUUGACUAUUUCUUUGUCGGCUUAAGCAACAUCUUUAUGAGAUGUCUGUUUUAUACUUACAAACUAACGGGGCUCUAUUCAAACCUCACACUUUGCACUGAAGUACAUUAUAAAUCGUUGUCUGUCAUCUUUGAUUGCCAUGUUUGACUGCCAUGCUAGACUGCCAUGCUCGACUGUCAUGUUUGACUGCCAUGACAACAACUGGUACAAAUCGACUAUUGCCAGCUGUGGAACUUCUAUUAAUAAAUGAAUCGCUUAUAUUUCAAACCCACAAUAUCUCUAAUUGGUCUAUAUCUCUUCAGUACUGUUUCUCUAUAACACAUUCACUGUUAAACAGCAAACAGCUAUGUGCCGAAAAUAUCCUCUGACACGGCGUAUAUAUGUAACAUAGACGAUAUGUAACUUACAUGGGUGCACUUACUUUGAUCCGCCAAGUGUGUCUCUCACCCACCACUUAAAUGCUGAGUCAGUCAUAUAUUUUUUAAAUUGAGUUCUUCCCCUAAAAGGAAUUCUCAUUCAACAUUACGAGCGUACUUACUAAAUGAUCUAUAUGCAUACCCAAAUAUAAACAAUUUUGGAAUUCACCCUUUUAAAACAUUUGAAUGCAUCUUAAAACGCACUCAAUCUCAAAAUGAAUGCAGAGAUUGGCCAUGAUUUUAAAUUUAGUGUCUCGCCCAUCAAAAACGUAUUGAUAAGAAAAAGAAUGCAAUACAAUUUCACCGUGACACAUACAGUGAGCGAAUAAAGCCCCCUUUGUAUACGAAUAUCGCACAAAGCAAAUAUUGAACUCUUCCCCCCCGGAAGGUACACAUGCGCUAUGAUGUAUCCUUCCGCGCGAGGGCGUGCAGUGUUGUCUAUCUAGCGGCACUGCCAGGUUCGGAAAUAUUUGCACACUGAUGUGUGCUCUGGCCGCGACUUUUCAAUGCGUCUGCACAACUGCAAGUAAAGGGACGCAAAUCUUCUUGCUUGAUGAAACACUUGUGAAUAGCGGAAGAUUCACUCCCUUCAUAGCAAAUAUUUCCUUUCAAGCGUACGCACUUUUCUCACGCGUCAUCGCUUUGUGUGGAUGACGUCAUAAUUCAUGAGGAGAAUUUUUUUUUAAAAGUUCCUUUUGACGUCAUUAAAAUGUCACACGUGUGCAAACUUGAGUUGCUUCAAAAAUUAUAAUCGUAGGCUAAUAAAGACAUGAUAUGGACGCACAUACUAUUUAUUAUUCGACCCCAAAAUUAUUUAGCUAAAAUUAAAAACCAGUUUCCGAUGAUGUAUUUAUCCAGCUGAGUAAAUGUGAGGUAAAAAAUGUUGUCAUGCAACACCAGCUUCGCAUGGAUUAUUUUGAAAUGCCAUGUCAAUUUUUAGCUAGUCUAAUCAAAUUUACCCACACACUGGGCAAUAGAAAUAGGUCCGUGCAGUGAUGAGUAACUACAGUCUACAGCCUUGCUACAUUACUACUAAAAUUUGUUUUUGUAUCAUAUAUAUAUAUAAAUGUUUAAAAAUGUUAUAAUCCCCCCAUGUUCAAGAAAUCUGAAAUAGUGCGUACGUAUUACAUUUUGAACAACUCCAUAUGAUGACGUCUGUCAACGUGUAACAAAUUUUGCUCAUUUAUCUUAGUGUGUCUAGUGUGUCUGUGUCUUAUUUCAUUUAUUUGUGUGUAUGUGUGUCUUCUUUAUAAUUGAAUCUCUUUUAUACCAUUUCGUUUCAGUCGUCGCUUUUAAGGUGGCCAUGGAUGAUUUCGACUGACCACCUAUAACAUACACAUAUAUAUAUUUGUGCUUUAUUGAUGAUAUUGUUAUAGAAAUUAUAAACAAAAUAAAAAAUUCCCCAUCU